CUAGCGAGGGAGCGUCGCGAGAUUAGCACAUUCACGGACUCUCAUUUUUUUGCUCACUACAGUGACAAUUGCUGAACUGUUUCGGCUAAAAUAAAUAACAAGAAUAAGUUUUCUUUUCUCGAGAACGCCUUCCUGUUGAAGCUUGGUAGUGCACGAGAGUCGCCCUUUCUUAAUUCCAAAGGAGCAGGUUGAUAUGUCAGACCUCUCUCCAGAGGAGCAGUGGAGGGUCGAGCAUGCACGUAUGCAUGCCAAACAUCGUGGCCAUGAAGCCAUGCAUGCCGAAAUGGUCCUCAUCCUCAUUGCCACCUUGGUGGUGGCCCAGCUGCUCCUGGUACAGUGGAAACAGAGGCACCCUCGUUCUUACAACAUGGUGACCCUCUUUCAGAUGUGGGUUGUUCCCCUCUAUUUCACAGUGAAGCUGCACUGGUGGCGGUUCUUGGUGAUCUGGGUCUUCUUCUCUGCUGUCACGGCCUUUGUCACCUUCCGAGCCACACGGAAACCUCUCGUGCAAACAACACCAAGGUUGGUUUAUAAAUGGUUCCUCCUAAUCUAUAAGAUCAGCUAUGCCACUGGCAUCGUGGGCUACAUGGCUGUCAUGUUUACCCUCUUUGGUCUCAACUUAUUAUUCAAGAUUAAACCAGAAGAUGCAAUGGACUUUGGCAUUUCUCUUCUCUUCUAUGGCCUCUACUAUGGUGUUCUUGAGCGGGACUUUGCAGAAAUGUGUGCAGACUAUAUGGCUUCCACCAUAGGGUUCUACAGCGAGUCGGGCAUGCCCACCAAACACCUCUCCGACAGCGUGUGUGCCGUGUGUGGGCAGCAGAUCUUCGUGGAUGUCAAUGAAGAGGGCAUCAUCGAGAACACAUACAGGCUCUCUUGCAAUCACGUAUUCCAUGAGUUCUGUAUCCGAGGCUGGUGUAUCGUGGGAAAGAAACAGACGUGUCCGUACUGCAAGGAGAAGGUGGACCUGAAGAGGAUGUUCAGCAAUCCCUGGGAGAGGCCCCAUGUCAUGUACGGACAGCUGCUGGACUGGCUCCGCUACUUGGUGGCCUGGCAGCCUGUCAUCAUCGGCCUGGUUCAAGGCAUCAGCUACAUUCUGGGCCUAGAAUAAACAGCAGCCACAUCAUUGGAGAACCCAUCCUACCUGCCUGGGACCUCAGGGCACUUACUUCCCUUGCUGCCCGGGAAGACUUGGGUGGGAAAGACUCAAAGGCACUUUGGGCCACUCAGGACCUCCCCAACUGGGUCUGGUUUGGGGGUGGGGAUGUUGGAGAACCAGCCAGUGGGGCUGUUAGCAGCGGGGGCUUUUUAAAAGAAAAUUAUUUUGAUGAAUAUAUUUAAAUUUUUUUAUUGUGGAGCAUAGGAACUGUCCCCCACCCCUAGGCCUUACCCUGCCUGAACAUGGUAGGGCAGAGCUGUUGGUUGGGAGGAGUCUUCUCACCUCUGGCUGAGAGCAAUGGUGGGUUUUCUGCUGGCUGAGUGCUUCAGCCGACCCUUCCCCUCCCUUCCCUCUGUAAGGCACAAACCUGGUUUGCACUCAGCGUAGAAGAGCUCAGACUGGUGCCACAGAUCCAAUACUGAGCAGUGAAUGCUCUCUUAACUGUCUGGGAUAUAAGGUGACUGUUGUACAUGACUGUUCCCUUUUUGUCUGGAAACUAAAGACUGAGCGUGGCAAAAUUGAUGACUUUUCCAAUUAGGGAAGCCCUGUGACCUCAAAAUUCACUGACAUGUUUUGGGACAACUGGAAGAGUGAGUAGCAUGGAUUACCUGCCACUGAGCAGGGCUGUCACCAGGCAGGGUACUGAAACCAUCUAUAGGCUGUGGAAGCUACUUUGGUAUCAGUGAGUGUUGCAGCUUCUUGAGCCUGGAAGUGGUGACGUGCCAAAGGUGUGUGUGUGUGCUGUGUGUGCACAGAGCAGACAGACUAAUGGGUACCAAUUUCUGCCAGUCAUCAGUGUGCCCUUGAAGCUAAGCAGAGAUUCCUAGACUAGGGAACAGCCCUAUGGAGGCGUGGCCAUUUGUGGGGUCUCCCUGGGCCUGACGGUAGAAGUGGUGGGUGGAUAGGAAGAAUAAGACCCGAGUGAGCACAGGUUUGAAAAGGGGGGUUUCUGAGCAGGCCUAGCCAGGGGGAGGGCACCGUGGGUCUACAGCACUGGCUGUCUAGGGACCUUGUCACCUGUGAAUAAAGCUCCGUGAGCUGGGCUGGAAA